AUGGAGGAGGAGCUGCAGCGAGAUGAUCGCUCCGGCGAGACGCAGGGCGCGGUGGAUGGCCGUCCAAGGGAGGUCUCCCUAACGGCGGCAGCAUCUGACCCGCCAUCACCGACGAGGACGACGAGCGAGAGUGCUGCACGUGGCCGCCGUGGUGGCGCGGAAAUUUCCGCGAACGCACGUGGCCGCUCCCGCACACUCUCAGGACCGCGACGACGGCCAGAGCCGCCGGUUCCCCUAACAAAGGAGGAAUUUGCCGCCGCCAUCGCGCGCCUGACUGCAGAGGAGAGCUUCAGCUGUAUGCAGCGGCUGGCCACGGGGACAGAAGAGGUCAGGGCGGGGGCACUAUUGAAACUCCGGUCUUUGGUGCCCGCGGACAUGCGCGCACAUGUAACCGCCACGACAGCUGCCGUGCCAGCAGUCACGCCGGCCACAGAGCCCGCCACGCCAUCGCCAGCGUGCAGUCUGGCAGAACCGGACAAGCCUUCAGAGGUAGAGCAAACCUCACGGAAGCGCCCAGCCGCGGCCGUAGAGGACACUCCCUCCCCCCAGGCAAGUUCCGGUCGCGCCAGGCGGAAGAAGAGGGCGCGCCGUAGGACGACCACGUCACCGAGGCAACCCGAUGGAGAAGGCUUCAUCGCGCCCCCCCGGCGCCAUACAGCGAGAGCCAGGGCGUUCGAACUGGUGACGCCAGAAGCGGUCCAGGCUGCAAACCGGUUCGCGGGCCUGCCGGAAGUAGCCGAGACCGACGGGGACGGGACACAGCCGACCACGGCGACGAAACCGCCCCGCCGCCCGCCGCAUAUCUCUAUUCAGUUUCCCGGCAGCUAUACCGAGCUGAAGGGCAAGCUGUACGCUGUCGCAAAACCGCGAAAGAUGAUCGCGGGCAACGACACGUACAAGAGUGAGCUGUCCUCACUAGGCGUCAGUCAUUGCGACGCCAUAUUUGUUACCGACAUCGUGCUGCGAGAGAAAUUACUCUCGCAGUAG